ACACUCCACACAGCGCACAGUUGACAGUUUCAGUGACGACACGGUGAAUAGCGCGACUUGGCUCAGCUACAGUGCUUCGUUCGAGUUCCAUACAGUCUCAUAGUUUCAGUUAUUUGCUCUACAGUGCAUUAUGUCGUCACGGGCUGCCAAUGCAGUAGGACUAAACGCGAUUAUGUGCUACUUUCCUUGGUUUCCAUACUACCAUAGAUAUCAGAUUGGGUUUGAUAUAAUUGUUAAUCAGCCUGAUGCACAAGCAGAUCCUUCAGUGGCGGGUCAGUCUCAGCGCUUGAUUCAUGUUCGACUGUACUUCCCUGAUGGUUUCCUCUGUAAUCCAGCAAACUUCGCUCGAAUGCCACAUCCCUCUUCAUCUGAGGGUGGUGCUCCACACUUCUAUCCUCCACACCCUCAUUCCCAUCCACCAAUGUACCCAAAUGCAACCCCACCCUUUCAUCAUCGUGUUCCAAUGGGCUUCCAGGGACCUAUGAUGUGGCAAGAACAAGUUGAUGCUCGUGUGAUUGUAUAUGUUGUAAAUGGUCAGCCAGGGGAGUUUAUGGUAAUUGAUGACACACCAUAUGAAGUCAUUCCAAAGUGUAAAGACUGCAAUGAAUUUCAUAGCGAGCCAGAACAUAUUCACAGGAAACGAUCACAAGGUGAUCCAGAACACAAACCUUCACAGCACCAGCACCCACAGUUUGGACCUCCACAUCAGCACCCAUCAACAUCAGGAGCCACAGGCCGAAAGGGCACAGGCGCAACACCAUGUACAGCCAGCGAAAGUGUCGCCACAGACCCCAAAAACCAAGAUAACCCUAAAGUGACUCAGCAGAUGGCAGGGGAACCUCAGCCUGGGCCACUUGAAGGUGUGCAGGGAAUACAACAUAAGAACGAUACUGUCACAUUGGAUUGCAGCCACGCUACUGUUGCCACUGUCACUAAGGACAUGGAUCGUCUGGAUAUUAGUACUGAGAAUAAUGAUGGAAAUUUGGUUCAGGGCAAGGGAAAGCUCAGUGCAGAUCCAGAUACUGAUGAAAGCGACUAGAUGGAUGAGUAGGCUCAGCAUAUUUUUAACACAUGCAGAUUAUCAGAUUGGUUGGUUCUAGCACUCAUGCUGCACUAAACUCUACAUACUUACCUACAAUGUGUAUUUCGAAGUCAGUGAGUUGUGUGAUGAAAUAGAGAAACUUAGAAAUAUGCAGUAAUGAUUGUAUUUUGCUUUCAAAAAGUGUGCUAAUUGGAUAAAUGAAAAAUAGAAGUACGUUAUCAAGGAACUCAUCAUGUAGUUGGCUAUUAAUUGAAAGAGAGAUGGCGUGCAUAACACUGACACAAUUGCUACAUACUGAUACAUUUGGUGUGCCAAGAUCAUGAAAGUAGUAACAGUUCCAUAACAUUUCAAAUAUAAGACAAAUUCAAUAUAUAUUUUUAGUUGAGGACAGAAGUUAUGACCACUACUGAAACAGUCCAAGUUAUAGUCAAAUACUAAUUUCAAUAUGUAUUCUCUAUAUGACAGUGUGUGUUAAAAUGGUGAUAGGUUUUGCCAGCUAUACUUAAAAAUUUUACCUACUGGGAACAAUAAUGCUGAUGGUAACCAAGAAAAUGUAUUAAAAUAUCGACUUGUUACAUGAAAACUGUAGUAGGAUUUAUUACUAGGAAACAUAAUCUUGCCAUACAUUUUUCAGUGAGCUGUAUUUCUCUCUCUGUGCUAUAUAGUCUUUUGUAUAGAUCUGCACAUCAUUGCACUCAUUCCCACAUAAUACUAAAUGGUUAUACUAUGUGAAGUCAACAGGUUUGUAAGGAUGAUUUGCUUUUGUGAGAGGGUAACAAGGUUCAUUGUUUGAUAACUAAUUUCUUAUUAAUUUCAGUUAUCUCACCCAUACUACAUUCAUUCUGUAAAUAUUUCUGUGGUCAAAUGAGAUUCUGUCCAGUGUCUUCCAAUUUCUGUCACAAUUAUGUAACAGAUUUGUAAACUUUUUUAGUAACAUUCAUGAACUCUACAACACUUGGUGGAUAUUUAUUGGUAUUUUGUGUUGCACUUCAAGUUAAUAAUGUUGUCAAAAAUCUGAUAUUCCAUUUCUUGAUAGCUGGCAUUAGAAGUUGUUUUUAACAUAUGUUGCCAAAAUAUGGCCUGUAGUGUAAUACAAUUUCAUUUACCACAAUAGUGGCAGUUUAAAGGUAUGUAUAAGCAAGCACGUAGUGGUUUUCUCAUGUUUGCAACAGAGGUAAUUCAAAAAAUUUUGUAUGGAUAUAUAAUUUAUGAGCUUUAAAGAAAAACAGCUUUAUGUUGGCUAUGAUGACUAUUUUGUAUAGUAAGGAUUAACCAGAAACUUUUCAGAAGGUGAUAGAUUGUCUGCAUAGUAGAAAAAUAGCUCAGCUAUGUAGAAGUAAUCUGCCAUUUGUUAAUAGUGUGAAAUGCUUAUUGUGUUAACGUUAGUUUUUUUAAACAUUUUAUAGUAAUGAAUUCCAUGUCUUGAGCAUCAGUGAUAUGUGAGGGGAGUGAAUAAGGAGGUUGACUAAGUAUGGGUAUUCCUGUUGUACAGGUAACUUUUGACAAUAGUUACAUAAAUUUUCACUGCUCUGUAGAAUUUGUGUGAUUUACAAAUGGAUACUUCACAUGUUUCAGUUAAUCAAUAGAAACAUAAGUGAAAUGCUCAUGUGCAAUAGUAAAAAAUGAAAUAGAAUUGCUAUGUUACUAGAGUUUCAAAAGAACAUAUCCCUGUUUGAUGAAUUUACCUUAAUAUGGAAACUUACAUUGGAGCUGUCACAUCAGGUGGAUCACUUUUACUGUCAGAUUACUCUAGUUAAAAGAGAUAAUUACAGAAAAAUAUAACUGGACACUGAAACAUAUAAUUUUAAUGAAUUAUAUUGCUGUAAUUCUAUAAUUAACAUUUCGAUGUAGUCAGUAAUAAUUUACUGAUAUUUAGUUUCUGCAUAACAAUUCAAUUUGAUUUCAGUUUAUUUGUUUUUAAAAGUGACUUGUAAACUUUUUGUGAGAAUUAAAGAAAAUAGGGUGUCAAAACCAUUUUUUACGUGAAGCAUGCAGAAUGAAUACUUUGCUUCAUUAUAAUGUAUAGUGUCAUACGCCUUUUGUGUUGUAAUGCAGCAUACUCAAAAAUUUCUGGUUUGAUGCAGAUAAAUUUGUGAGGAAUGUGUUGUUCACUGAAUAAAUUAUGUGCAUAUUCCUACAACUCCUAAAAUACAUUACUGAUCGAUUUUUUAUAUAAAAAGCAGCUUCACUUGAUCAUUUUCCUUUGAGCCUUGUAAAGUUAAAAGUACUUUACGUCUAUACUCCUACAAGAUUGCUGAGAAUGUGGAAAAUGUAUACAGUCAUGAUCGUCAACGUAAUCAGUUAUAAUUCAUAUAUCUCUGAAAGUAAUUAUGGAAUUUGAAUUUUACCAUUAGAUGUAUUUUUUCUAAUGCAUAUUUAUAGCAAUAUUUUUAUAGUAAUACAAUAGUAUGUCUGUAUGUUUCUUAUUAAUUAAAGGAUCCAAACCUUGAACUGGUA